AUGGAUAUUGUACAGGCCAUCUCCGGCUACAUCACCAAGAUGGUGUCAGUCGGAGAUAGCGCUGCGACUGGCACAUCUGCAGCCAAGAUGAAGAUCCUCUUACUCGAUAAUGAGACUGUGUCGAUAGUGUCCUCUGCAACGACGCAGUCCGCCCUCCUCACCCAUGAAGUCUACCUUACCGACCGAAUAGAGAACCAAAAACGAGAGAAGAUGCGGCAUCUUCGGUGCUUAUGCUUCGUGCGACCGUCGCCAGAGUCGAUACAGAGCUUGAUUGAGGAGUUGCGGGACCCAAAAUACGGGGAAUACAACAUAUACUUCAGCAACAUCAUCAAGAAGUCGUCGCUCGAACGGCUGGCCGAAGCAGAUGAUCACGAGGUCGUGCGCGCCAUUCAGGAGUAUUUUGCCGACUUCUUUGUCAUCAAUCCAGACCUCAUGUCGCUGAAUCUCAGUUUCCCAGAUCACCGGAUAUGGAGUACAAGUCCAGAUUCGUGGAACCAAAACUCCUUGCAAAGGUCGACCGAAGCUGUCCUGGCGUUACUUCUUUCGCUGAAGAAGAAGCCGUUGAUUCGAUACCAGAAGAAUAGUCUGCUUGUAAAGAAGCUGGCGACGGAGGUUCGAUACAAUAUGACGCAGGAAGAGCAACUUUUCGACUUCAGGAAGACUGAUACACCGCCCAUCUUACUCAUCGUCGAUCGAAGAGACGACCCGGUCACACCACUACUCACACAAUGGACUUAUCAAGCCAUGGUUCACGAGCUGCUUGGCAUCAACAACGGCAGAGUAGACCUACGCGACGUACCAGAAAUACGGCCAGAGAUGAAAGAAAUCGUUCUCUCCCAGGAUCAAGAUCCGUUCUUCAAGAAGAACAUGUACCUGAACUUCGGUGAUCUGGGACAGAAUGCAAAGGAAUACGUCGAACAGUUUGCUUCGAAACAACAGGGCACACAGAAGCUGGACUCAAUCGCAGACAUGAAGCGCUUUAUCGAAGACUUUCCAGAGUUCCGCAAGCUGUCCGGCAAUGUCACGAAACACGUAACUCUCGUUGGCGAACUUAGCAGACGAGUCGGCGAAGAAAGUCUGUUGGACAUUAGUGAGCUUGAGCAGAGUCUCGCAUGUCAGGACAACCACUCGAACGACGUAAAGUCACUGCAGAAGAUCAUCCAGGAUCCCAAAGUCCCAGCGAACAAUAAGCUGCGACUCGUUGCUAUCUAUGCGCUGCGCUACCACAAGAACUCUUCCAACUCAACUGCUAUGCUAUUAGACUUGCUGGUUGUAGCCGGAGGCCUAUCAAGAAACCGCAUCAACCUCAUCACAAAACUUCUCACCUACCACGACUCUUUACAAUCCGCAGCAGCAGCAGGAGGCAUGCCAGAUCUCUUCCAACCAGGAUCCUUCUUUGGCGGUGCUAGGGAUCGAUUCAAGGGACUAAAGGGUGUCGAGAACGUAUACACUCAGCAUUCUCCUCGGUUGGAAACCACACUGCAGGACAUGAUUAAGGGGCGCCUAAGUCAGCAGUUGUAUCCGUUCGUGGAAGGCGGUGGGACGACCAAGGACAAACCGCAGGACAUUAUUGUGUUUAUGGUAGGCGGAACAACCUAUGAAGAAGCCAAGAUGGUAGCGCAAGUGAACGCGAGUUCUCCCGGCGUCCGUGUAGUUCUCGGCGGAACCACUGUGCACAGCAGCACCUCGUUCUUGGAAGAGGUCGAGGAUGCAGUAGAGUCUUGGCCUGAGCCUCCGGCCACUUCAGCCGCAGCUCGGCUGCGACGGGAAGUAGGCAGGUAA